AUGCUUGGAUCAGAUCAGACAGAAGUAUUCGUGGGAGAAUCACCUUACCAUAAAGCUUCCAACCAUCAUUCCUCUACUAUCACCUCCUCUGCUCUCCUCUCCUCUGCUCUCCUCUCCUCUGCUCUCCUCUCCUCUGCUCUCCUCUCCUCUGCUCUCCUCUCCCCUGCUCUCCUCUCCUCUCCUCUGCUCUCUCCUGCUCCCCUCCUCUCUCCUCUGCUCUCUCCUGCUCCCCUCCUCUCUCCUCUGCUCUCUCCUGCUCCCCUCCUCUCUCCUCUGCUCUCUCCUGCUCCCCUCCUCUCUCCUCUGCUCUCUCCUGCUCCCCUCCUCUCUCCUCUGCUCUCUCCUGCUCCCCUCCUCCCUCCUCUGCUCUCUCCUGCUCCCCUCCUCUCUCCUCUGCUCUCUCCUGCUCCCCUCCUCUCUCCUCUGCUCUCUCCUGCUCCCCUCCUCCCUCCUCUGCUCUCUCCUGCCCCUCCUCUCUCCUCUGAUCUCUCCUGCUCCCCUCCUCUCUCCUCUGCUCUCUCCUGCUCCCCUCCUCUCUCCCCUGCUCUCUCCUGCUCCCCUCCUCUCUCCUCUGCUCUCUCCUGCUCCCCUCCUCUCUCCUCUGCUCUCUCCUGCUCCCCUCCUCUCUCCUCUGCUCUCUCCUGCUCCCCUCCUCUCUCCUCUGCUCUCUCCUGCUCCCCUCCUCUCUCCUCUGCUCUCUCCUGCUCCCCUCCUCUCUCCUCUGCUCUCUCCUGCUCCCCUCCUCUCUCCUCUGCUCUCUCCUGCUCCCCUCCUCUCUCCUCUGCUCUCUCCUGCUCCCCUCCUCUCUCCUCUGCUCUCUCCUGCUCCCCUCCUCUCUCCUCUGCUCUCUCCUGCUCCCCUCCUCUCUCCUCUGCUCUCUCCUGCUCCCCUCCUCUCUCCUCUGCUCUCUCCUGCUCCCCUCCUCUCUCCUCUGCUCUCUCCUGCUCCCCUCCUCUCUCCUCUGCUCUCUCCUGCUCCCCUCCUCUCUCCUCUGCUCUCUUCUGCUCCCCUCCUCUCUCCUCUGCUCUCUCCUGCUCCCCUCCUCUCUCCUCUGCUCUCUCCUGCUCCCCUCCUCUCUCCUCUGCUCUCUCCUGCUCCCCUCCUCUCUCCUCUGCUCUCGUCAUCUCCUCUGCUCUUUUCUCUCCUCUCAUCUCCUCCCCUCUCCCCCUCCCCUAUCUUCCCCGCUACUCUCCUCUCCUUGCAUAA